AUCUUGGUUGACAGUUUGCAUAUUGACCUGAUUAGCCAAUGGGAAGUGUGUCUGAGCUGAAUAAAGUGGAGAAAUGCAAGAUCUGUGGGGAUGAAGGAAAGCUCUUCAACUGCAGUCGUUGUUUCAGCUUCUUUCAUAAAGACUGUUACAUCCCACCUGUGGAUCCUAAGAGGAUCGGUUGGAUAUGUACCUUCUGCACAAUAAAAAUGUCUUCAAGAAGUCAGCAGUGUUACAGUGAAUCUGAAGUCCUGGAGAGACAGAUGGUGCCAGAAGAGAAGUUAAAAUGUGAACUCCUCCUCCUAAAGGUCUAUUGCCAUUUAGAGAGCAACAUUUUUCCGAAUAUUCCACAUGAAAAUUAUUUUCAAAAGGCUUCUCAAUGCCUAAAGACACUUAAGGACUUGGAUGAAAUCAAGGAUAGUCUAAAUAAAGAAUGUUAUUCCAAAGUGGAGGAGUUUGUGCUUAAAGUGAACAACAUCUUUCAGGAUCCUAAGCACAAUGACUCAGACCAAACAGAAGAGGAAUUUAAGAAGAAUUUCAAAGACAUCUUUGCCAUUCAGUAAACAAAUCAGAACAGUUCACUAGUGUAGUGUAUGCUGUUGAUACCCUGGAAAAUCUUGCUUUCAGGCAGAUUUCUUAUCCCUGGUGUUAUGUGUAUUGAUUGCUUAUGCCAUCUCUCCCCAGUGUAUUUCUUUGGGCCAAAUGGAGGCAUAUUCACCUGAAGGUUAAAUCUCUUUGUCCUGGGAGCUGGUUCCCAGCACCAAAGAUGAACCAAUCAUGUGAGUGAUUCAUGUUCCUGUGCUCCUCAGGGAAUCAGGCUAGAGCUGGUCUCCACUUAUGACCACAUCCUUACUUAGCAUUUCCCAGCACAGUGUCCUGCCUCCCUUAUCCCUUCUCCUCCCAAGAAAAUUCUCACAAUAAAUCACUGACAAAAGA